CGGCUUUGUUGUGAGCAUGAAAGCAGUUAAGAAAAUAUUACAGCAACUAACCGUGUUUUUGUGACUUAAACACGUUGUAACGACGUUAGCUUACUAAUUAUUAUUCGACUGUACACAAACUACAGUGAGAUUUUUUUUUUAACUGUACCAAGAACGGAAAAAGAAGCUAGCCUUGCCUAAACGUGUCAGCCAACGUGUUUUGCUUGUAGCAACCGGAAAGGACGAGCCGCAGAUUUUUCUUGAAGCUGGUACUCGUCAGAAGGCACAUUGACGACCACCGUAGAAAACACGGAGACCGAGGAGAUGGCGAGCUCAGUGGGGAAUGUGGCGGAUAGCACAGAACCAACAAAACGUUUGCUUUCCUUCCAAGGGUUGGCGGAGCUGGCGCACCGCGAGUACCAGUCAGGGGAUUUUGAGGCAGCUGAGCGCCACUGCAUGCAGCUAUGGAGGCAGGAGCCUGAUAACACGGGCGUGUUACUGCUUCUGUCCUCCAUCCACUUCCAGUGCCGAAGACUUGACAGGUCUGCUCACUUCAGUACCUUGGCCAUCAAACAAAACCCAAUGCUUGCAGAGGCCUACUCCAAUCUGGGGAACGUCUACAAGGAGCGUGGGCAGCUACAGGAGGCUAUUGAGCAUUAUCGUCAUGCUCUGAGGCUGAAACCAGAUUUUAUUGAUGGAUACAUCAACCUGGCAGCAGCUCUGGUGGCCGCGGGAGACAUGGAGGGAGCAGUGCAGGCUUAUGUGUCUGCAUUACAGUACAACCCGGACCUCUAUUGCGUGCGGAGCGAUUUGGGCAAUUUGCUUAAAGCCCUUGGGCGUUUGGAAGAGGCUAAGGCUUGUUACCUGAAAGCCAUUGAGACUCAGCCAAACUUUGCAGUGGCCUGGAGCAACUUGGGUUGUGUGUUCAAUGCCCAAGGAGAAAUUUGGCUCGCUAUACACCAUUUUGAAAAGGCUGUGACUCUGGACCCAAAUUUUCUUGAUGCAUACAUCAAUUUAGGGAACGUUCUCAAAGAAGCCCGCAUUUUUGACAGAGCUGUGGCUGCUUACCUGAGAGCGCUGAGUCUUAGCCCCAACCAUGCAGUUGUCCAUGGAAACCUGGCCUGUGUCUACUAUGAGCAGAGCCUCAUCGACCUCGCCAUCGACACCUACCGUCGUGCUAUUGAACUGCAGCCUCACUUUCCUGACGCUUACUGCAACUUAGCCAAUGCCCUGAAGGAGAAAGGCAACGUGUCUGAAGCAGAGGAGUGCUACAACACGGCUUUGCGUUUGUGUCCAACUCACGCUGACUCACUUAACAACUUGGCUAAUAUAAAACGUGAGCAGGGCAAUAUAGAGGAGGCAGUUCAGCUCUAUAGAAAAGCAUUAGAAGUGUUCCCAGAGUUUGCAGCAGCCCACUCUAAUCUAGCCAGUGUUCUGCAGCAGCAAGGAAAACUCCAGGAGGCCCUCAUGCACUACAAGGAGGCAAUCAGAAUCAGUCCUACAUUUGCUGAUGCCUAUUCCAACAUGGGCAACACGCUGAAAGAGAUGCAAGAUGUACAGGGAGCCCUGCAGUGCUACACUCGUGCCAUCCAGAUUAACCCAGCCUUCGCUGAUGCUCACAGCAAUCUGGCUUCCAUACACAAGGAUUCUGGAAACAUCCCAGAGGCCAUUGCAUCUUAUCGCACUGCCUUGAAACUCAAGCCAGACUUUCCUGAUGCCUACUGCAACUUGGCACAUUGCCUGCAGAUUGUGUGUGACUGGACAGACUACGACGAACGAAUGAAAAAGCUUGUGAGCAUUGUAGCCGACCAGCUGGAAAAGAACCGCUUGCCCUCUGUGCACCCACACCACAGCAUGCUGUAUCCCUUGUCUCACAACUUCCGCAAGGCCAUUGCCGAGCGCCACGGAAACCUUUGCCUGGACAAGAUUAAUGCACUACACAAACCUGCCUUUGAGCAUCCAAAGGACCUGAAGGCCAGCGGCGGACGUCUGCGUGUAGGCUACGUCAGCUCUGACUUUGGCAACCACCCGACCUCCCACCUGAUGCAGUCUAUCCCUGGAAUGCACAACCCAGAGAAAUUUGAGGUGUUCUGUUACGCACUGAGCCCUGAUGAUGGUACGAACUUCCGUGUGAAAGUUGUAGCAGAAGCUCAUCACUUCACAGACCUUUCACAGAUUCCUUGCAAUGGAAAAGCUGCAGACCGUAUUCACCAGGAUGGAAUCCACAUUCUGGUUAACAUGAACGGAUACACCAAAGGAGCACGAAAUGAGCUAUUUGCUCUCCGUCCCGCCCCCAUUCAGGCUAUGUGGCUCGGUUACCCUGGAACCAGUGGGGCUCCUUUCAUGGAUUACAUCAUCACUGAUAAAGAGACGUCACCUGUGGAAGUAGCUGAGCAGUACUCUGAGAAACUCGCCUACAUGCCCAAUACUUUCUUCAUUGGUGAUCAUGCCAACAUGUUCCCUCACCUCAAGAAAAAGGCAGUGAUUGAUUUCAAGUCAAACGGACACAUCUUUGACAAUCGCAUUGUUCUUAAUGGUAUUGAUCUGAAAGCCUUCUUGGACAGUCUUCCUGAUGUUAAAGUCAUAAAAAUGAAGUGUGACAACAAUCAGGAACCUGUGGGGGACACAAAUGGAGCUCUGUCCAUGCCUGUGAUUCCCAUGAACACAGCAGCUGAAGCAAUUAUCAAUAUGAUCAAUCAAGGCCAAAUCCAAGUCACGAUCAAUAACUUCACAGUCAGCAAUGGCCUGGCUACCACACAGAUCAAUAACAAAGCUGCCACUGGGGAGGAGGUGCUGCGCACCGUUGUAGUUACAACCCGCUCCCAGUACGGUCUCCCAGAGGAUUCCAUCGUCUACUGCAACUUCAACCAACUCUACAAGAUUGAUCCUCCAACUCUUCAGACGUGGGCCAACAUCCUGAAACGUGUGCCCAACAGCGUGCUGUGGCUUCUUCGCUUCCCUGCUGUUGGCGAGCCCAACAUCCAGCAGUACGCUCAGAACAUGGGUCUUCCUGCCUCGCGCAUCAUUUUCUCGCCCGUGGCGCCCAAGGAGGAGCAUGUGAGGAGAGGCCAGCUGGCUGAUGUAUGCCUCGACACGCCUCUGUGCAAUGGUCACACAACGGGCAUGGAUGUCCUCUGGGCUGGAACGCCCAUGGUGACGAUGCCAGGUGAAACCCUCGCUUCCCGCGUGGCCGCCUCCCAACUCAGUUGUCUCGGCUGCCCAGAGCUCAUCGCCCAAAGUCGUCAGGAAUACGAGGACGUAGCGGUCAAGCUGGGAUCUGACAUGGAGUACCUGAAAAUGAUCAGAGCACGCGUUUGGAAACAGCGAAUCUGCAGCCCCCUGUUCAACACCAAGCAGUACACAAUGGACCUGGAGAAGCUCUAUCUGCAGAUGUGGGAGCACCACAGCAACGGCAACAAGCCAGAUCACAUGGUCAAACUUCAAACAGUUGAGUCCAGUGACAACGCCUGAACUGGAAACACUCCUUCCCAACUGUUUUUAACCAUCAUCAACAUGGUUUGAAUGGUCAGGUUUCACUCGAGUACCCUGUCCACUAUAAACUUUGUUUUCAAGGGGACUCCUCCUUGCAUGGAGCCAACGCGCAUUCACAUUUGGACUUCUAUCACAUUUGUCAUGAAGUCGCACAUCUGCUGAGCCAGAUUGAGCCUGAAACGUUCAGGCACCUUGUCACCUGAGACUCUUGUCCUGCAACACCUAAUAUGUAUUUUGUGAGCAUGAGAAGAUUGUGAAUAUUCUGCGCUACCUUCCAUACUUGGAACUAUGUUUUUGUUUUUUUCUCCUGUCAUUGUGCGUAUAGGACUACUUGCAGCUUGUGGAGAAAAUGCCCAGACAUCAUUACGUGGUGAUCUGUUUAGAAAAUAAAGAAUUUUGUGUGUGUGU